AUGGAUGGCGAUUGUGAUGCUUUGGACAACGUGGGUGGUGAGGGGUGUUGGUCUGACUAUGUAGAUGAGAUGGAUGACAUUGAUCUUAUGCCUCCGAUGUCCCCCAUUCGCGAAGAACAAUCUGUUAAAGUUGUUGAAUACCGUUCUCCCAUUCAUACAGUGCAAACUAUAGAGACAAUAGUUUCAACUAAUAGGAAGAGUCCAGGUCCUGUUGUUGAAUCCCCUAAAGUUGGCAUGGUUUUCAGAAGAUGGGAGUAUAUAGAGAUUUAUUACAAAAAGUAUGGGGAGCAGGAGGGGUUUGGGGUUACGAGGGUGCAAGGAACGAAAUCUAAAGUUACCAAUGAGCGUAAGUGCAUAACAUGGAAGUGUGAGUGUUGGGGUGCCCCUAACAUGAGGGCUCAAAGGGAGGCGAAGAAGAGGGAAAAGGCGAUGGAUGUUGCUGGGUGUGGAGGUAAUGUUAAUGGAGUCAUAGGAGUGCAAGAGCAUGCCCAAGGCAAGAGAAAGUCAAAGAAAUGUUACUGCCCUGUUAUGGUAUAUGCCGGGGUUAAUGAACAUGGGGAGUGGGAGUUAAGGAAGGUUUGUAAUGAGCACAAUCAUGACCAAAAGCCCAGUGAUGCAGUGUUAGUUAAAGAAUAUAGGAUGAAGAACUACACCUCAAAUGUGAGAAAGACUCUGAUUAAUUUUUAUGAAGAGGGUGUAUCUGUUUCCAAAAUUCGUAAUGGUCUGUCACAUACGAAGGACGUCUUGCCUUCUUUGAAGGAUAUGGAACAUGAGGUUUAUAAAGCUAGGAGACUGAAAAUGGAGGGUGGUGAUGCGACAGCCAUGAUGGGUUAUUUUGACCGGAUGCAAGCGGACAAUCAGAAUUUUUACCAUUGUCACCGAUUAGACCAACAUGGUCGGUUGAAGGAUGUGUUAUGGGUGGAUGCGAGGAGUCGGGCUGCAUAUGAGUAUUUAGGGGAUGUAAUCUGUUUUGAUGCUACCUAUUUAACUAAUCGAUACGAACUUCCAUUUACGAAUUUCGUGGGUGUGAAUCAUCACGGGCAGUCCAUCCUAUUGGGUUGUGCACUAGUUUCACGAGAAGAUGCUGAAACAUACACAUGGGUUUUUCGACAGUGGCUUGCUUCCAUGGGAAACAGACCUCCACUAGCUAUUCUGACUGAUCAAGCAGCAUCCAUGAGGAAGGGCUUAGUACAAACAAUGCCAAGCUCCAGGCAUCACUGGUGUAUAUGGCAUAUUGUCAGGAAGUUUGGUGACAAACUAGGAAAGUGCGACAAGUAA